AUGAACUCCCCCAGCGAUCGUGGGCCUCCUCUCGAACACCCCCAGCGAUCGUGGGGCCUCCACGAGCGCCCCCAGCGAUCGUGGGGCCUUCACGAACGCCCCCAGCGAUCGUGGGCCUCUUCGCAAACGCCCCCAGCGAUCGUGGGCCCCUCACGAACGCCCCCAGCGAUCGUGGGCCCCUCACGAACGCCCCUAGCGAUCGUGGGGCCUUCACAAACGCCCCCAGCGAUCGUGGGCCCCUCACGAACGCCCCCAGCGAUCGUGGGGCCCCCAGCGAUCGUGGGGCCCCUCACGAACGCCCCCAGCGAUCGUGGGGCCCCUCACGAACGCCCCCAGCGAUCGUGGGGCCCCUCACGAACGCCCCCAGCGAUCGUGAGGCCUUCACGAACGCCCCCAGCGGUCGUGGGGGCCUCACGAACCAGCACCAUGUUACCGCUCCUGACAGAUGAGGUCUCGUAA